AAAAUUCUGGGGUGGAUGUUCCAAUUGGAGCAGGAGAAAAGAGAAUGAAAACAGCUUGGGGAGGGGAAAGCCAAAUCCGGUUCCUCGCUGGCUCCUGGAUGUCAUGUUCUCUCUUUUUGGGGGUGGCCAAAACCCGACCGGUGUCGGGACACGAGGCGGCCCCCGCACGCCUCGCCUGUGCGUGCUCGGGAGUCGGUGCAGACCGGACUCCGCGCUGGGGCGAGCUGACAGGAGUUUGCGGCAGCGAUAGAACAUGGAGAUGUCAUGGGCGCGACAGAGCCUGGCGGGGAUACCAGCAGCGUGUGUGUGUGGACCGCAACGUUGUCUGUGCGCGCGUGUGUGAUGAGUUCCACCCGUUCAUCGAGGCGCUGCUGCCUCACGUCCGCGCCUUCUCCUACACCUGGUUCAACCUGCAGGCGCGGAAGCGCAAGUACUUCAAGAAGCACGAGAAGCGGAUGUCGAAAGACGAGGAGCGGGCGGUGAAGGACGAGUUGCUGGGCGAGAAGCCCGAGAUCAAGCAGAAGUGGGCAUCCCGGCUGCUGGCCAAGCUGCGCAAAGACAUCCGGCCUGAGUUCCGAGAGGACUUUGUGCUGACCAUCACGGGCAAGAAGCCCCCCUGCUGCGUGCUCUCCAACCCCGACCAGAAGGGCAAGAUCCGGCGGAUUGACUGCCUGCGCCAGGCCGACAAGGUGUGGCGCCUGGACCUGGUCAUGGUGAUUUUGUUUAAGGGGAUCCCCCUGGAAAGUACUGAUGGGGAGCGGCUCUACAAGUCGCCCCAGUGCUCGAACCCCGGCCUCUGCGUCCAGCCACAUCACAUUGGAGUCACAAUCAAAGAACUGGAUCUUUAUCUGGCUUACUUUGUCCACACUCCAGGUAGGUCACUCUCAACCCCCCUCCCCAUUUUAUUUUACUUGCCCGCAUUUGUUUUGUGUAUGGUUCCUCUUCUUUCCAAAGGAUCCAAGCAAUGGGCCUAACUAGCGCGCCUGUCCUGCCCCGGGCUGCAGCCUGCGUGAUGUUCCCCUUUCCCCUCUUCUAUGUCCCUCCACCUUCUCCAUUCUUCCUCCUGCGCUCCCUUGCCAUGGUACCUACUGGAUUGUCGUGCAUCUCCAUCUUUGGAGGACUGGCCUUACCCAAAAGACGCUGCAGGUCUUAGGACUGGGGCCAGGCUGCCCCAGAAUUAUCCACAAUAGUGAGAGUUGGUGAUGAACACUGCCACACACACAAAAAUCACUCGUUGCUCACAUUUAAAAUGACCCAGAAGAAGUAUUCAGAGCCAGGUGCUGGCUUUCCUGCGGCUUCCCCGCAAGUCCGGGGGAAAGCGGGAUUUGGCACAAGCGGGGUGGGCAGCAGUUCGGAGGAGAGAGGGGUGUGUAAAACCGCCAGUUAGGAGCCAGAAUGAAGAGAAAAGAGGAGCGAGGGCAGCAGCGGGCAGAUCCUGGGGCCCAGAUGCCCAGGCGGGAGCUGUUGUGGAUGGGAUUUGGCUGCCGAAGAGUAGGAAAGUCAUUUGACUUCAUAGAAAGUGAAAAGGCGCAGGAGAUUCCUUGCGCUCUCACUUCCGCGGUGUGCGGCUGCAGUGGGGAGACCCCAGGAUGGCUGCCCACAGCCCCUACCCCUCUGCUGGGAAGCACUGAGGCUCUCCCCAGCACAGGCAUGGCAGGGAGGGGCGUCGUUGUGGCGGUGGUCUGAGUGAAACAAACAAUCCAAAAACUCUGCAAAUUUUCAUUUUCUUUUUGUGUUCCAAGUGGUUCCAGUUCUCCUCUUUGCUUUUCCAGUUUUACCCAGCAUUUUGGGUAGGGGUGGUGCAGUUCUCUUCCUCUGUUCUUUCACCGCCCCCCCAACCUUUCCCUUUUUAUAAUUUCUUUCCGCUUUUGUUUUCUUACAAAUUGAAACAGAGAUGGCUGGUUAAUUUUUAGCCUCCACUCAGCUACGCCCAAUUUACUGCCGCCUUUGAAACCUAAACGGGCGGCACUCUGUGAUUAAGCAAGGCAGAAGUGUGUUUACAUUAUGCCCAACCA